UAUCUAUAUAGAAUUUAUACUGUAUGAUUGCAGUGUAUCCAAAAAUGGCAGCGUUGAAGGAUGUUGUUCCUGUAUAUAAAAACUUGAAAGAAGAAUGGGCGGCGAGUCCGUGUAAUUUGAAGAAAUGUGGUGAAUUACUUAAUCAAUUAAAGGUUGGUCUUACACAUUUGAUGUUUCUGCCAACAUCUAAUAACACAGCUAGUCAAAAUGAAUUACUUAUAGCUCGUGAUAUUUUAGAAAUUGGUGCACAAUGGAGUAUAGUAACCGAAGAUAUACCUUCUUUUGAACGUUAUAUGGCACAAUUAAAGUGUUACUAUUUUGAUUACAAAUCAGGAUUAAUGGAGUCUGCAUAUAAAUACCAUCUUCUUGGUUUAAAUCUCUUAUUCUUACUGUCUCAGAAUCGCGUGGCCGAAUUUCACACAGAAUUAGAACUAUUGCCUUCCGAUCAAAUACAAUCUAAUGUUUAUAUCAGACAUCCUUUGAGUUUAGAACAAUAUUUAAUGGAAGGUUCAUAUAACAAGAUAUUCUUAGCAAAAGGCAAUGUACCCGCAGCAUCUUACAAUUUUUUCAUAGAUAUUUUAUUAAAUACUGUUCGGGAUGAAAUAGGAGCAUGUAUGGAAAGUGCAUAUGAUAAAAUCUCUAUACAAGAUGCCUCGAGGAUGUUGAACUUGAAUUCUGAGGCAGAUAUGAAAGCAUUCGCGGCAAAAAAGAACUGGAAUUUAGCGAAAGAUGAUUACUUUUACUUUAGUACAACUAGUGAAAAGAAAACUGAAGAACCAAUUCCCAGUGCAGAUUUGGCUACAUUAGCAAUUGACUAUGCAAGAGAACUUGAAAUGAUUGUUUAAAUAUAUGAAUUUUUCUGUAUUUUAUAAAUAAAUAAAGUUUGUCAUAUAAUUAUUACAAA